AUGACUGAAGACAUGCUAGAUGAGUACACUCGGUAUCUUUCAUCACUGGACGAUGGAGAUUCCAGAACGAGAGCACAACUUGAUGUGCUUUGCAGCGAUAUGCAAGCGUUCAAGGCAGCCAAUCCAAAAUGUUGCCUAGAAGAUUUUAUAAGGUGGCAUUCUCCUAAGGACUGGAUUGAGGAAGAAGAAUGCUUGUCUGAACGAAUGCAGCUUCCUGAUAAUACUUGGGUUAAGGAUGACUAUGUUGAGGCAUUGAAGCUAAUCAAAUCGACAGAACUUUUAUUUGUUCAGUAUUCUAGUCUUCUGAAUAAAUUGACUAUUGGAGAGAGCGAUGACUCUCUGGUAGAGGCGCCUAAUCCAGAAGAAUUGUACAAAUUUAUUAUCGCCCUCAUAGAGGAUGCCACUUCCAAGAGAGAUGAAGACCGCAUCGUCAUUUCUCGCGGAGUUCCAAUCUUUGGUGCUUCCAAUGGUACGCUUGGUAAUGCUGUUCGCAGAAUGUUGGAACGACAAGAUGUUAAAAAUGGUCUCUUACCUUCACCUUCAAGGAAGCAGUACACAAUCAGAUGGAGUGUUCCACGCCCAACAGCUAACAGUAGAGUAGUUCCUCAGCGACUAUUUGCUUCCAUCGAACAGGAUGAAUUCCGUCUUUGUGGUGCUUUUACCGAGGAUACUGUAUAUACUUAA